AACCGCAGAAGGGACAACCCAAAUGGAGUAAGGGAGCUGCAUCGUCGGAUGAUACAGGCUCGGAUCGCAAGUCGUCAAUAUCGAAUUCCCCGAAAACAUCGUCUUCGCCUGCGCCUCAGCAAUCCCCGCGCUCGAACUGGCCCUCGAACCGUCGAGAGCGUUCUCAGUCCAACCUUGCCCCAAAUAACCCUACAGGGGCGCAAAAGAAUCGCUUGAUGGCAGCAAACUUUGGGAACUCUUCGGGAGAUUCGCGACGGGGAGUAGCGUCUCCUCGGCCAAAGGGUCGCGCCAAGAACACCCCAUGCCGAAAUGUCACCAUCUACGGCCAUUGUCGAUAUGAAAAUACGUGUCCAUAUAUUCACGAUGUGAAUCAAAAUAUAAAACAAAACGAAAACGCGAAAAAGAGGUUCAAUGUCGACUCACCAUCAUUUACACCUCUUCAACCCAACACUAACGGUUCUCUAACUCCCUCUUCCCGAAGUGUUGCCAUCUCUCCGAAAGCUGCUAAUGCCGCCAUAUUCACCCCAAAGUCUCAGAGAUCAACUACGAGCACUCCAAGCCUUCACAGUAAAGAGCCAGUGGAAUGGCAUCCGCCUCAAGACUUUGCGGAGUUUGUUCCAGGGCAAGGUUUUGAGACCCAAAUGGUUGAUCCAAACGCAUCUGCACAAACACUUGGUUUUGACCCCUUCAGUACACAAAGCCUUACCCAGUCUCUAGCCGGAACCACUCACCAAGCGCCCCCCAUCAAUCCGUAUGCCCAGGACCCGUCCGGGCUCCAAGGGGCAUCGUACUUUCAGAAUGCCAAUGCAUUCCAAACUUCACCUGCAUACCAUUUAUAUUGGCCUGUAGGACCACAGCCUACGAACCUGCUUGGCUAUCAACGCACGGCGCACGACUUCUUCAUUCCGGAUGCACUUCGUGAGGAACUGCAGAAGAAGUCGGAGGUAGCUCGCCAGAUUCUUACCAAUUCGUCACUGCCUGCCAUCGAACAAUAUCAUUCUUUAGUGUGCUUGGACACUGCACAUAAUAAGAAUCAAACUCUAUUUGGAUAUCCAAGCUGGGUCUACAAGGCUGCAUCUAGCAAAGAUGGUAAUUCGUACACUCUUCGACGCCUGGAGAAUUUCCGACUUACCAAUGAGAACGCGAUCAGGUCGGUGCAAGCUUGGAAGCGAGUGUUCAAUGGAAGUGUUGUAACCAUUCAUGACGCAUUCACCACAAGGGCUUUCGGCGACAGUUCGCUCAUCUUUGUCACCGACUACCAUCCGGGCUCGAAAUCCCUGGCCGAAGAGCACUUCAAAACGCAGCCUAUAGCGAGUCGCUUCCAUGGAGCAAGACAGCCGACUACCAACCACGUCCACGAGCAAGUACUAUGGGGGUACCUCGUGCAACUUGCCUCAGCUUUGAAGGCCAUUCAUAGUGUAGGACUAGCGGCGCGGCUUAUCACCCCAUCCAAAGUCCUUCUCACCAGUAAGAACCGUGUUCGUCUGAAUGCGUGCGCCAUCCUGGAUGUUGUGCAAUUUGAUAACGCUCGACCACUUCCCGAGCUCCAAGCCGACGAUCUGAUGCAGCUCGGACGUCUUAUUCUUUGUAUCGCAAACAGCAGUUCAACUGCACACUUGAACAUGCAGAAGUCUAUGGAGCACAUUACCCGCAAUUACACAACGCGUCUCAAGGAGUGCAUUCAGUGGCUUCUCAGUCCUCCACCAACUCCUGGCGCCCCUACAUCGCCCACUGGAGGCGUGCCGUUACCUAAAGAGAUCGAUAGCUUCUUGACCGGAAUAUGCGAUCAAUUCUGCUCUGUCUUUGAUAGCACGCUUCAUGCCGAAGACACACUUUUCAACACGCUGGGUCGUGAAUUGGAGUCAUCUCGACUUGUCCGGCUCCUUGUCAAGCUCAACUUCAUCAAUGAGCGGCCCGAGUUGGAUGCAUCCAUACCCAUACCCAGCGGAAGCACCACAAACCCAUCCGCAUCUUGGGCGGAAACCGGCGAACGAUACUACUUGAAGCUGUUCCGUGACUACGUAUUCCACCAGGUUGACCAGAGCGGACGUCCAGUUAUGAACUUGGCGCAUGUACUCGACUGCCUAAACAAACUUGAUGCCGGUAGUGAGGAGAAGAUAGCUUUGAUCAGCCGAGAUGAACAAAAUGUACUGGUUGUUAGCUACCGCGAGCUGAAGCGAGGAGUUGAAUCAGCUUUCCAGGACCUGAUCAAAGCAGGACGAGGUGGUACCCGAUAAGAGUGUACAUGCUCGUCGAAAUAGAUACGGCAUAGAGAGGGCUUUGGCUGUUAUAUUGAUACAAGUCGGGUCCCGGUAGCGCUGUUUGUGCACAGUAAGCCUGUGCAACGCUUGGAUAUUUUUAUUUGCAUUGAUUUACCAGGGGAGUGGAGACAGUGGAAGCAACAAUGACGGGGGAAUGUGGGAAAUAUUGGGCAGUAAAUUAUGAAUAACCCUCCAAUUGAAAACACACUUUACACUUCAUCUAUAUCCAAGUUCCUUGUUGAGUGGAAAUACCUAACGUCUAUGCAAAAACCGACAACCUUCGUUCAGAACUCAACAGUGUUUUGAU